AUGUCGACUCAACAUCACGAGCCUACCAGCUAUGCUCAGGCUCGGCCAUUACCAAUGCCCUCACCGUCCCCACAACGUGCAUAUCCCCAAAGUGACUUCAGCCUACACGACAAAUAUCGUGUCCGAUCAUCUGCGGGUCUAAGUUUCUCUGCCCAUCAACCGACAGUGCGGCCGCUCGGCAAGCCCAGGGCAAAGAAUAGAAUAAGCAAGUUGGAUCUGUCCGUGGCCGCGAUAUCCCUUGUCUGUCUCGCAAUGGCAGUCAUAGCAGUUGGAAAUGAGGCCGUAUCAUGGCGCCUGGGAGUCGCGAACAAUCAACUGAUCGUCGUCGGUCUCCUUCUAAGCAUCAUGAACCUGUGCCUCGCCAGUGUCACGUCUACAUUCUGCCUACUCAUCGAAGCAAGAUUCGGAGACUCCAUACUCCAGAACUACGACGGGAUCCUUCGCAACAAGCCGUUGGCUCCGAAGCUGGGUCUCCGCUGGCGGCUCGUCCUCACCUUCUUCCUCAUUGUCCCCAUCGCCGCUAGUGUUGCCUACAAGACCUUCAAAGGGGGUCAAAGCGCCAAAAGAGUGAACAGUGACGGAUACGUAUCGAUUCCGACCCAGUAUGGCAUGGUAGCAGCGCCUGGCCUGAUGGAACCUGGCCAAAGGCCAACCGGUCUUCCUCAAUUCUUCAACGCUACUCAGCCGUUCCGGGCGUCGUCGUCACCAUCAAACGGCUCUGAGCCACGGCUCCCUUCAUUCCCAAAGUCUUAUGGGUACAAUAUCCUAUUGCUCGAUGUAAACAGCACCGCAGUACUAGACACCUUGCAGCCAGAGUUCAUCACCUCGGUCCAGGACGUCCUUGCCGUUGGAGAAUCAUGGGUUGUCAACGCUCCGGUUAUCGGCACAGUUGCCACGUUGAACACCUCCAAGGCCUCGGAUCCUUCCGCUUUUAAUUCAGACUUCCACUCAGCUUGUAAUGAUUCUCAAGGAAACGUGAGCUGGAUACACGGAGUGAUGAACCUUUGGGAUCACAAAGUCACAUCGUCGUUGUGGUUAUUUGAUGAGGCGCGCGAUCGCUCGAAUCAAUCGAUGCAAUACGUGGCUCUUGUUGACCGAUACAAGCAGAACAUCAGCUGUCCCGGUCUUGCGCCACAUGCCCAACUAUACAACAUCUAUCGUCAGCAGUGUCAAGGCACAUGGUCAAUCACCCGCGCUGGCAUGGAGCUCACGAACGGGUCUUGCAACGGUGCACCUCUGCCGGGGGACAAGCAACGGAUGAUCGUGGAAAAUACGCUGCACCUGGUGGAUUUGUAUAUACCAGCCCUCAUCGAUUUCCUAGGGGCCUUUGGCCCCUUUGGUCCUAGAAAUCAGUCAGAGUGGCGUGGCCCGUACACAGCAACCUCCGUGGCGGCUAUGUUGUGGUCGAGACUUGUGGCUCUAAGCACUUUUGUCAACAGUGAUGUCAGUCCUUUGAUUACUACCGAAGGAUACAAUGCUAGUGCAGUUGCCUAUGAAGGCUGGAAAACUUCAGAUGGCACAUUUCUUACGUACGAAGACGUCAGGCUGUUUUACUCUGUCAGUCCGUCCGACCAGACAAUAUUUUAUGUACGACCCACACUACGGAAGUCACCUCUACUCUACUUCGUUUUAUCAGUCCAGCCGCUGAUGAUGCUGGCUAUUCUUGGCUUAACACUAACAAUGCAUUCGGUCCCACUGGAUAAAGGCUUUGGUCUGGUAUCGAUCGUUUCUGGCAUCGACCGCGACACUCUCGACAUCUUAUCUGGCGCAUCGCUCUCGGGCGAACUCACUGAUCGUGUUAAGCUAAUCAUUGUGCCUAAAGACAAUGGACAGACUGGCAAGUUAGCUUUUCGGGUCAUUCCCGAAGAUCGAGGCUCAAAUAGAAAGGGAAGGUUGCGCCGAGAUGUUCUGUAUUAUUGA